GGAAGUGGCGUCAGGCGCGGCGCCGGGGCGGGGCCCGCGCGGGGGCGGCGGUGCCGGUGGCGGCGGCCCCGCCAUGGCGCUGUCGCCCUACGUGCAGGCCAUGCAGGAGCUGUUCCGCGCCAACACGCGGAGCCGCGAGUUCCCGGCGCACGGCGCCAAGGUGCACUCGGUGGCCUGGAGCUGCUGCGGCCGCCGCCUCGCCUCCGGCUCCUUCGACAAGACAGCCAGCGUCUUCCUGCUCGAGAAGGACCGGCUGGUGAAGGAGAACAACUACCGGGGCCACGGGGACAGCGUGGAUCAGCUCUGCUGGCACCCCAGCAACCCUGACCUCUUCGUCACAGCGUCAGGGGACAAAACCAUCCGCAUUUGGGAUGUCCGCACCACCAAGUGCAUCGCCACUGUCAACACCAAAGGUGAGAACAUCAACAUCUGCUGGAGCCCUGACGGACAGACCAUUGCCGUGGGGAACAAGGAUGAUGUGGUCACCUUCAUUGAUGCCAAGACACAUCGCUCCAAAGCUGAGGAACAGUUCAAGUUUGAGGUGAACGAGAUCUCCUGGAACAACGAUAACAACAUGUUCUUCCUCACCAAUGGGAAUGGCUGCAUCAACAUCCUCAGCUACCCAGAGCUGAAACCCAUCCAGUCCAUCAAUGCCCAUCCUUCCAACUGCAUCUGCAUCAAGUUUGACCCCAUGGGGAAGUACUUUGCCACAGGCAGUGCUGAUGCAUUGGUCAGCCUCUGGGAUGUGGAUGAGCUGGUGUGUGUGAGGUGCUUCUCCAGGCUCGACUGGCCCGUGCGGACGCUGAGCUUUAGCCAUGAUGGGAAGAUGCUGGCCUCAGCAUCAGAAGAUCACUUCAUUGACAUUGCUGAGGUGGAGACAGGAGAGAAGCUCUGGGAGGUGCAGUGUGAGUCCCCCACCUUCACAGUGGCCUGGCACCCGAAGAGGCCACUGCUGGCCUUCGCCUGUGAUGACAAGGAUGGCAAAUACGACAGCAGCCGGGAGGCUGGCACUGUCAAGCUUUUUGGGCUCCCCAACGACUCCUGAUGAAGCUGCUGCACCCAGGAAGGCAGCACCUGCCUGCUCUUGGGGGUGGGAGCUUAGAUAGCAUAGGUUGGGCAAGGAGCUGGCUCAUCUCCUUGCCAGCCUGGCUGGCUGUGAGCUAGGGCUCAGCUAGUGUCCUGCUCUUGGGAGCUUUUAUAAACAGGCAGUUGUGUGCUGGGGAAAACAGGGGAUGCUGGAAGGGGCCCCCCCCUUCUGCUGCCUCCUCUCUGGGGCGUGUGGGGCUUGUUCCAAAGGCAAGUGGCCAAAGAAAAUCAGUCACUGAAGGUGGCUGCUGAGGAGCCUUCCUCCCCCGGCAGUGAUGGGAUAUGUGACUGUCCCCUUGUCCCCAAAAGCCUGGCAGCAAGGGCAGCUCUGAGAGCACAGCCUGGCUCUCCCCCUCCCAGACAUCCCAUGUCCCUUCGCUGUGCUGGGGCAAUGAGGGGAGGGUGGGGGGCUUUGAACUUGUAGAUGUUUUCCCAGCUGUGGCUUUUUUAAAUAUUUGUGGUGUCUUUUUCUAAUUUUGAUAAAUCCUCUUCCUUAACGAA